AUGCUGAGGAGCUUUGUGAGCUCUUCCAUGGGUGUGGCUGUCGGUGUUGCCCUCCUUGUACUCUUGCUGGCCUGUGGAAUUGGAUGUGCUUGGCACUGCAAGCGCCAGGAAGCCACAGCAUUUACCUUACCGAAGUUUAUGCAAAGGAGAAGUAGCAGACAUAAAAACUUCACAAAAAACCUUGGCUUGAAUGUCCACACGAUUUGCCCAAGCUCUAAAACCUCAGUGGAAAGCAAAGGCCACAAGUCUUCUGCCAAGAGAAAUAGGAUGCAUGGCGAGUACGAAAAUGUGGAAGUGGGUCCUCCUGACACCAAAGUGGCAACGGAGAAGGCACUGUAUGAAAACACGCAGCCAUCCAAUCUCGAGGAGCAUGUCUACGGGAAUCAAACAGACGCCCUCUAUUACAAUUUCCAGAAGCCUAGCCCUCCUCCUGUUCCUCAAGAUGAAGACAUAUACAUCCUUCCAGAUUCCUACUAA